ACUCCACUCCAGUCGCUCCCGUGCUCCCUAAUCCUGCACCUCCCUAUUCCAUCCCGCUCGCCGGCGGCGCCCAGAUCGCGACCUUGCCCGCGCCGAUCACCUCCUCCCAUCCUCCCACGAGGGAGGUCCCGGCCCCCAACGCACGUCCCUUGGAUUGUCGCUGUUUCCGGCGUCGCCUGAAAUCGCCUCCUUUAGUGGUUGGUUGCUCGACGCCGCCGGGGAAGAGGUUCUCGUGCGGGGCUUCGGGCUCCGGCGCCCAUGGUGGACAUCGACGAGUGCUCGCCGGUGCCCGAGCCCGCGCCGGCAAAUCCGGACCCCUCCUCGAUCUCCCCGGACGCCUGGCGGCGCUUCGAGAGCGCCACGCUCUCUGUGGUGCACAAGAUCCAGCCCACCGUCUCCUCCGAGAAUCUCCGCGCCGCCAUCAUCGACUACGUCCAGCGCCUCUUCAGGUUCCACGCCGGCUAUCAGGUCUUUCCAUUUGGAUCUGUUCCAUUGAAAACAUAUCUUCCUGAUGGAGAUAUUGACUUGACUGCAUUCGGCCCUGCAAUUUCCGAUGAGAAUCUAGCAAAUGAAGUAUGUGCUAUUCUAAAAUCAGAAGGGCGGAGGAAAGAUUCUGAAUUUGAGGUCAAGGAUGUCCAGUAUAUCCAUGCCACUGAGGUCAAGCUGGUGAAAUGUUUGGUGCAAAACAUUGUUGUAGACAUCUCAGUUAAUCAGAUUGGUGGGCUCUGUACACUUUGUUUUCUUGAGAAGGUUGAUCAAAAUUUUGGAAAAAAACACCUCUUCAAAAGAAGCAUAAUGCUAAUCAAAGACUGGUGUUAUUAUGAAAGCCGCAUUCUUGGUGCUCACCAUGGUUUAAUUUCUACCUAUGCCUUGGAGACAUUAGUGCUAUACAUUUUCCAUAUCUUCCACAAUUCUAUGGAUGGUCCAUUAGCUGUCCUCUAUAGGUUUCUUGACUAUUAUAGCAAAUUUGAUUGGGAUAAUAAGGGAAUCAGCUUGUUUGGUCCUGUUUCAUUAUCUUCACUACCUGAUCUAGUUACCGAUCCGCCUGAUACUCAUGAUGAUGGUUUUCUUCCACGGGAGGAGUUUCUCAAAGAAUGUGCAGAGGCUUUUAGUGUCCCCCCUAAAAACUCUGAGAAAGAUGCACAAGUAUUCUCUCGAAAAUUUUUUAAUAUAGUUGACCCACUGAAGCAGAGUAACAAUCUUGGACGCAGUGUCAGCAAAGGAAAUUUUUACAGAAUACGCAGUGCAUUUGAUUUUGGUGCUCGUAAGCUUGGGAAGGUUCUUCAAGUGCCUGCCUGUUCUACUGUCAAUGAAGUGAAUCAGUUUUUCAGGAACACGUUAAAGAGAAAUCGUACCGGGUUAAGACUAGAUGUUUUAGUGAGCUCUUCUGAUGAUGGUCUACUGUCUGAUCAUGCAACCAAUGAUUCCUUAUCACUGGGCUUGAAUGUGGAAAGUAUCAAGGGCAGUUCACCUUUAUACAGCAAUUCCUGUGGCGAUCUGUCUUCUCAGUUUAGUCACAUCGACACUUCAGAUUCCAACAAUCAUGGCUCAAUAAAGCAAAAACAAUGUAACUCUGUAGCUGGGCACAAGGAGGUAGUGUCCGUUUCUGGUGGGUUGAUAGGUACCAAUGCCACAGAUUAUGCAACUACUGAUUCAGGAACUGAGAGGAAUGGUGGUGACUUCUAUGAAGCUUCACAAAUAACUAGUGAAACCUGUACCUUGCCAUCUGGGAGACGCUGUGCCCCACAUCAAUUUUACCAAUCAGAAAAUGGUAAGGAUGUUGAUGUUAGAGAUGGCACAGAUCUGCCACACCAUGGGAUGCCAGCAAAUCAGUUUACAGACAAAUCUUACCACUCUUUUGAAGGUGCUAAGUAUCACAAUGAGUUUUCAAGAAGCUUUCCAGCACCCCUUGAGCAUAAUGCUUACUCUCCUGCUGGCUUAGUCAAUGGUCUGGCCACAUCUAAUUCAAUGUUUACACCUGAAAAUUCACAACCUGGUGGUACCAUCAAUGACAUUGUGCCAGACCUCACUGGAGAUUUAUUUACAAAUUUCAAUAAUCUUCUGUUCGCUCAAGGUUGCCAGCAAGGUAAUCCAGUACAUCAUUAUUACUAUCCAAUGCCUCCUCUACCACCCCCGCAAUAUCAGAACAUGCGCCCUUCAAAUGGUCUUGGCAGAAAAAAAUCAUAUGGAUACGCUGGCAUGAAUGGAGCAAUCCCUAGUCCUCCUUAUCAACCUGGCUAUGUUGUGUGGAGGCCAGUUUAUCAAACAGAUGAUCAUAUUCCUAUGAGGGGCCAUGGAACAGGCACCUACUUUCCUGAUCCGAAUUUGCGCAAGGACAGGCCACCUGUUGGACGCGGGGAGAGAGGAAGGAAUCAUUUCUCUUCAAAUAAUUAUCAAAAGUUUCAUCACCAUGUCAGAACAGAUAUGCCUAUCGAUAUGGUACCUCUUCAGGAAUCACGGCAUGAUGUACCACUGCAGAUAUAUGUUCCUGGUGCAAAUGAUCAUGCAAUACCAUCUCCAAUGAAUAUGCCAAUGCCAUCUCCAUCUUCCCAGUCUCCAAGGGAUCCAUUGAAGGUACCAGCUCAUUCUCCAUCUUCCCAGGUUCGAAGGGAUAAUUUUCAUGGCAAUGGUUUCAUGGUCCCGCAAGACAGUAAACUUGAGUUUGGGACCUUGGGGACAUUGCCUUUGGAAGUUACCUCCAAGGACCAUGCUAACAGAUCAGAUUCUGCCUCCAGCAAUCAAGUUUCUGAGUCUGUGAGCCGCAUGCCUGCCACAAAAAACACCGUAACAGGUUUGAAUGGAAUGAGGAAUGCUCAGCCAUACAGCCUAAAGGACAGUGGUGACUUUCCACCUCUACCCUGAGAGGCAGCACAGGCUAAGAGGAAAUACUGAUGAAUGUGUGCACCCAUAGCAGCAAUGGCAAACACCAUGUUGUACAUCCUGUCAUUUCAUCCUCACUCCAGUGGCCUGUCAUGUCUGCUGCAAUGCAGCAUGUGCUUCUGUAACUGCAAUUUCACACCCGCAUUUGACUAAAAAAAAGGAUGAGAAAGAAUAAGAAAAGGAAGAAUGAAAGAAAAAAGGGACGCUGAGAUUUGAUGAGAUGUAGAUACUUUUUUUGGGGGGAAGUCCCCUUGUUUCUUGUCUACAGAUUAUGGCGGUCCCUCUGAGGUCGUGAGGGAGAGGAUAUGUUGGAGAAGAUAUAGAGAUAAUUAGUUCUGUUGUUUUGAGCUUAGGAUCAUUGGAGAACUGGAUCUCUCCAUGUCCAUGUGUAAUGAGAUAGUGUUUUAGCCACAGUUUGCCUUUGGAGGGAGGUCUUGUGUUGAAAGGCCCCGUUGCUUGAAGUAAUUUUAGCUGCUUGAAAAAUGGUAGGUAUACAGAAUGUCUGUUAGAUUAUAACAGUCUUAAUAGAAGCAUCUACUCUUUGCCAAAAGAAAAUGCCUUUUAUUGUG